GAGACAUGCAGAAAAAAAAGGUGAGAGUUAUCGAUACUUACUUUACAGGAAACUAUUAACAAUGCUUUCAAAGAAAAUCCUAGAUUUGUAAUGAUUUGAAAAAUUCAAUGAAUUGCCUUAACGACAUUAUCAAAGACAUAUGUUCAUACUGUGGAUAUGGUCCUUUGAACUUCACCGUUGAUUGGAUUGAAUGUGGAAAAUGUAAAGGCUGGAUUCAUGUUAGUUGCGACGCUUCUUCAGUCGAUAUCCAUGAUGACGUUUUUACUUGCAAAUUUUGUUCAGUUUCCCCUAACAAAAAUUUGAAGACAAUCAGUUUGAGGAGUAGUUGUUCUGAAUUUCUGGAAUAUCUAGAAAAGAGAAGUAAUGAUAAAAUUGCAAUAGAAGCAUCCACUAGGAAUCAAAGAGAUUCUCCUAAAUGGUUUGAGGAGAGGCGAAUAAGAGUAACGGCUUCUCAUUUUGGUUCCAUAUGUGAAGCCCGAUCUGUAGGGAGUAAAUUGAAUAUAGUACAGAAUUUAUUAUAG